CUAUUCAGCUCUGGCGCCUGUCGCUGAAGAAGAAAACGCGAUUACUAUUAGGAGGUUUAGCCCUUCUUACUACUCUUCACUAAGCAAGAGAGAAGAAGAAGCCCGAAUUGAAUUUCUCAAGUGCGCCAGUAUGACGGAGCCGAGACGUUUAAGAGGGCACACUGCCGCUGCCAUUUGCUGUAUCGCUUCCCGUAGCCGUCCAGGCCUUGUCGCCACCGCUGCCGAGGAUGGUCGGGUCUGCUGGUAUGAUUUGCGCUGCAAAGAUAUGUUAUUUUCUAUGGAUGUGGGGAAUGGAGAUGCUGUUUCGGCUUUAUGUUUUAAGCCAGGAAAUGAGGAUAUAAUUUAUGUCUCUGCUGGAAAUGAAGUCAAGUGCUUUGAUUUGCAUAUGGCUGCUUCAUGGAAGCAACUUGAAAGUUACAGUUAUAACAAGGAUGAGAUAAAUCAGAUUGCUUGCCACCCAAAAUCAUCUUUUCUGGCUGCUGCAGAUGAUGCUGGAGAUGUAAAGAUCAUUGAUGUCCACCAACGAUGCCUAUACAAAACAUUAAGAGCAGGACAUAAGAGUAUCUGCAGCAGUGUUCAAUUCCUUCCUUGGAGAUCCUGGGAAGUCAUCACCGGGGGUCUUGAUUCAAAACUUGUGAUGUGGGACUUCUCGAAAGGACGUCCAAACAAAAUUAUGGACUUUGGCAGCGGAGGUGACUCAGGACAGUGCUGUAACCCAGCUUUUGUCCAUGCUCUAGUAGUCCCCGAUCUUGAUAUUGUGGAUAAAGUUGGCAAGGUCUGUGUUGUGGCUAGGGGCGACGGUGUUGUCAAUAUAAUUAAUAUUGAAUCAGAACUCGCUGCUCUCAAAUCCAAAAUGUCAACAAAACCCAAGCUAGGUUCUAAAUCAAAUCCAAAAGGUCGUUCUUCCCCUGGUGAUCCCCAGAGUGGGGAUCAAAAUGAUAGAAACCUGCGCUUGGACUACUCAAUGGGUGGACACGUCGCUGCAGUAUCCUCUGUGGCAUUUAACAUGUUUGGAGAGAAAGGGAAGUUUAUCAUUUCAGGUGGGAAUGAUAAAUCAAUAAAGGUGUGGAAUUGGUCCAAUUAUCGUGAUGAUGCAGGUCAGACUAGCAAUGGAGAUGAACUUCUAAGUUCAAGUAUUAGUCUGAGUAGAAAGGUCAAUUGGCUCUGCACAACGCCCGCCGAUUCAGAAAACCUAGUUGUCUGCGACACGUCCAAAGUCGUAAAGGUUUAUAGUGUUGGAACUGAAGAGAUGAUGGAGUCUGGGGCACCCAUAUGCAACAUUUGUGGUGAACAACUGGGAUUAAGCGCUAAGGGUGAAGUGUUUGUGGCGUGUCAUGAGUGCACUUACCCCAUCUGCCAGCAUUGUUUGGACCAUGAGAUCAAGGAAGGGCGUAAUGCAUGCAUGCGCUGUGGAACUCCUUACACUGAUGACGACACAGCGGUAGCUGAAGCAUCUGGGGAUCAGGCACCGGUUGCAUCACAUCUGAAUACUGCUAAGGAUUCUGGAAUUCAUGCUAGAAAUGUUAGUUCUGUUUCUACAGUCGACAGUGAAUACAUCAACGACUCUGGAAAUCCAAUAUGGAAGCAUAGAGUGGAAAGCUGGAAGGAAAAGAAAACUAAGAAGAAGCGAGCUGCAACAAAGGAAAAAAAAGAAGCGGAAAUUCCACCCGAGCAGCAGAUGGAAGAAAAACCAGAGUCAGGUGAGGCUGCACAGCCACUUUCGAGAGUCGUUCCUUUGCCCAAGUCCCAGCUUACACCAUACAGAACUGUGAUCAUUAUGAGGCUGAUUAUUCUGGCCCUUUUCUUUCAAUAUCGUGUAACACAUCCCGUUGAUAGUGCGUUUGGUCUGUGGCUAACUUCUGUCAUUUGUGAGAUCUGGUUUGCGUUUUCCUGGGUGCUGGAUCAGUUCCCUAAGUGGUCUCCUAUAAACAGAGAGACGUAUAUUGACGGGUUAUCUGCCAGGUAUGAGCGAGAGGGAGAGCCCUCUGAGCUUGCUGCAGUGGAUUUUUUUGUCAGUACAGUCGACCCACUGAAAGAACCUCCUUUGAUAACUGCAAAUACGGUUCUCUCAAUCCUUGCGGUGGAUUAUCCAGUUGAUAAAGUCUCUUGCUAUGUGUCUGAUGAUGGCGCAGCCAUGCUUACUUUUGAGUCUCUUGCCGAAACUGCUGAUUUUGCAAGGAAAUGGGUGCCUUUCUGCAAGAAGUUCUCCAUCGAACCACGUGCCCCUGAGUUUUACUUCUCACAGAAGUUUGAUUACUUGAAGGAUAAAGUACAACCGUCUUUUGUCAAGGAACGCAGAGCAAUGAAAAGGGAUUAUGAAGAGUAUAAAGUGCGUAUUAAUGCUUUGGUAGCAAAGGCCCAGAAAACACCAGACGAGGGCUGGACCAUGGCAGACGGAACACCUUGGCCGGGAAACAACCCGCGUGACCAUCCUGGCAUGAUUCAGGUGUUUUUAGGCAAUUCUGGUGCACAUGAUAUAGAGGGUAAUGAGCUUCCUAGGCUGGUUUACGUGUCAAGAGAGAAGAGGCCUGGCUAUCAACACCAUAAGAAGGCUGGUGCUGAAAAUGCUUUGGUAAGAGUAUCUGCUGUUCUCACAAAUGCACCAUUUAUCCUCAACCUGGAUUGUGAUCACUACGUUAACAAUAGCAAGGCUAUUCGUGAGGCUAUGUGUUUCUUGAUGGAUCCUCAAGUAGGUCGAGAUGUUUGUUAUGUGCAGUUUCCUCAGAGGUUUGACGGCAUUGAUAAGAGCGACCGAUAUGCCAACCGCAACACAGUUUUCUUCGAUGUUAACAUGAAAGGGUUGGAUGGCAUUCAAGGACCUGUUUAUGUCGGAACAGGGUGUGUUUUCAAUAGACAAGCCCUUUACGGCUAUGGACCUUCAUCUCUUCCCAGUCUACCCAAGACUUCUUCAUCUUGCUCAUGGUGUUGCUGUUGUGACAAGAAGCCUACAAAAGAAAAGGAUCUCUCAGAGGUUUAUCGUGAUGCGAAAAGAGAAGACUUAAACGCUGCCAUCUUUAACCUUAGAGAAAUUGACAAUUAUGAUGAGCAUGAAAGGUCAUUACUCAUCUCUCAGAUGAGCUUUGAGAAAACCUUUGGCUUAUCUUCCGUCUUUAUUGAGUCUACACUGAUGGAAAAUGGAGGACUUCCUGAUUCUGCCAAUCCAUCAACACUAAUUAAAGAAGCAAUCCAUGUUAUCAGCUGUGGGUAUGAAGAAAAGACUGCAUGGGGUAAAGAGAUCGGAUGGAUAUAUGGCUCAGUUACAGAGGAUAUCUUGACGGGGUUCAAAAUGCACUGCCGUGGAUGGAGAUCAAUCUACUGCAUGCCUUUAAGGCCUGCAUUCAAGGGAUCAGCGCCAAUCAACUUGUCUGACAGGCUGCACCAGGUACUCAGAUGGGCCUUGGGGUCGGUGGAAAUUUUCUUGAGCAGACACUGUCCUCUGUGGUAUGGAUUUGGAGGUGGCCGCCUCAAAUGGCUCCAGCGCCUUGCAUACAUCAACACGAUCGUCUAUCCUUUCACAUCUCUCCCGCUGGUUGCCUAUUGCUCACUGCCUGCUAUAUGCCUUCUAACUGGGAAAUUCAUCAUACCAACGCUUUCCAACCUCGCGAGCGUUCUCUUUCUUGGGCUCUUCCUCUCUAUCAUUCUGACGAGCGUGCUUGAGCUGAGAUGGAGCGGGGUAAGCAUUGAGGCCUUGUGGCGUAACGAGCAGUUUUGGGUUAUUGGAGGCGUCUCGGCCCAUCUCUUUGCAGUCUUCCAAGGAUUCUUGAAAAUGCUUGCGGGCCUGGAUACCAACUUCACCGUGACUGCCAAAGCAGCAGACGACACGGAAUUUGGGGAGCUGUACAUUUUGAAAUGGACAACGGUCUUGAUCCCGCCAACGACUAUUCUGAUAGUGAACUUGGUGGGCGUUGUUGCAGGAUUUUCUGAUGCCCUCAACAGUGGGUACGAGUCGUGGGGGCCGUUGUUCGGCAAGGUUUUCUUUGCUUUCUGGGUGAUCCUGCACCUCUACCCAUUCCUAAAGGGUCUGAUGGGCCGACAAAAUCGGACUCCAACCAUUGUUGUGCUGUGGUCUGUUCUUUUAGCAUCUGUUUUCUCUCUUGUUUGGGUGAAGAUCGACCCCUUUGUCAGCACAAAUGAUGCUUCAACAGUUGCUCAGAGCUGUAUUGCCAUUGAUUGUUGAGCAUACAGAAAGUACAAGAAGCCCAUGGCAUGCUCUUAACAUUUCACAGCUUUUCAGAGCAUAUAAGUAUCAGUUCCACUUAAAAGUUUAGACAUACAUAUUCUCAUGUUUUCAGGUAAGAGAGUUUGGACUUGGAAUCUUUGGAUCCAUGAAAUAAGUGUGUAAUGAUAAUGCAUGAAAACUGGAGUUAGAUAGGAGGCUGAAAA